AUGCGCCUCGGCGGAGUUGCUACAGGACAGCACUUGCCCUUUGCAGCGCUAUGUGAGUUGCACAUACCCCUCGCCAUCCGCGUCGCUUUCUUUGUGUCUCCCCGCUUCGUCAGGAGCCUCUUUGGCUUUUACGCCUUGCGAUGCUUCGACGUCUCACCGUCUUUGGGCCUCCGCGGCGUCCGCUUCCUCGCGAGCAGCAGAGCAGCUGCAUCUCGUCUCGCGUCGCUGCGCCUGGCCUUCGUGCUUCCCUUUCUCAACCUUUCAGUCGUCCGCGUCGCGCUCACAUCUCUCUCUGCCUUCCGAUCUUCCGCAAAACGUCUCUCUUUGCCGUCGCUGGCGGUCAGUCAGCUCUCUCGGCCGGAGCUCUCGAGUGGCGCGUCUGCCUGCUGCCCCGCGGUUCUUCUCGGCUGUCUCCCACCCCGUCCUGACGCUCACAGAACGCGCGCCGAAGAAGUCAUUGCAAAGGCAGAGUUCAUCGCCCUCGAUGUUGAGCUAACGGGUCUGCACGUCAAACACGAGAAGUAUCUGGGCGUUGAGCGCUGCUACGAAGCGCACUGCGAAGGCGCGCGCAACUUCUUGCCCGUGCAGCUCGGUCUCUGCGCGGCGCGACGAGCGAGCCCCGCCGAGCCGCAUCGGUGGAUUCUGACGCCUGCGAGCGUGUAUAUGUUCCCUCGGGAGGCGCGGCUUUUUCAAGCGUCCACGGCAACUCUCACAUUUCUUCGAGAAAACGGAUUCGACUUCAACGAGUGGCUCGACCAGGGCAUCCCGUUCCUCCGCGCCCAGGAGGAGAAGGAAAAACGUCAGGCCCUGCAGACGCGCAUAGACGACCUCGAUCAUCUGAUACAGACGCGGGGGAAGGGGACGGCGGCACGAGACGCGCCCGAGGGCUCUGCCGCUUCGCCCUCUCUCUUGGAAACUGCAUCGCCUGAAGAUUCGGAGCUGGCGGCCUCGGUGCGCGCAUCGAUUCGCGAGUGGCUCGCUAGCAAGCGCCGCGAGCCUCUGCACCUUCCCGUCGAGAGUCCGCUUCACCGUCUGCUGCUUCACUCGCUCGUCGCCUCGGAGUUCCCUUCUCUCUACUCGCUCUCCGUGAAACUCGGCGACCGCCGCGUGCUGGCAAUUUACCAAUCUGAAGAAGAAGUCUACGAGGAGCAGCGCCGGGGCCUCCUGGAGGACAUCCAGAGAGUGGAAGAGCUGCGAGGCGUGCGGCAGCUGCUGGACGAUGUGUCGGACCACAAGCUCGUCGUGAUUGGACACAACUGCUUCUACGAUUUUCUGCACAUCUUCCAGACUCUCUACGCCGACCUGCCCCAAUCGCUCUCUGAAUUCAAGACGACCUGGACGCAUUUGUUUUCGUCGACGUUCGAUACCAAACUGAUUGCCGAGUCCCACGACGCUCUGGCGCCUUUGCAGCCGCCUGCGACCCUUAAAGGGCUGUGUGACUUCAUGGCCGCGCUCGCCGCCGCCACCAUGCAGUCUGCAGACUCGAAAGGCCGGCGAGAAGAGAGAGACGCUUCCGCGUCGCCGCUGGGAGCUCCGGAAAGUCUCGAGUUUCAACUGGAACUGCUUCCAGGCACCAAGUGGACGCUUCCACCGGCUCUCCAGCCUCUGGCUGUGCCCCCGAUUUCUCUCUCGGCGCUGCUCUCGGAGCCUGCGCCUGGCGACCCUUCGGCUUCUCCGCCGAAAUUGUCUUCUUCAUCUGCCUUGGAGGAAAGCUCGGAAGGGGCGGCGACGGAUGAAGCGGCAGGCAUGAGCGAAGAGCGAGCCGGCAGGAGUGUGGUAGCCGCAGCAGGGAGCGGAGUUCAGCAAGUCAUGCAGGGAGAGGAGGGAAAGGAGGGAGGCGCCGCUCGCUGCUCGAAAGAGCCUGAAGAGGAAGAUUACUCGCACGAUGCCGGCUACGAUAGCAUGAUGACUUCCGCCGUCUUUCUUCUUCAACUCGCUCACGUUCUCCCUCGCCACGGGCUCAAGUGGGAAAACCUUCAGUUCAGAACUGAUGGCGCUACGGGACGCACGCUAGGCGUGAGGCGACAGGGACUUUUGGCUGCCCUCGGAAGUCCCAAAAAACUCGCGAGUGAAGAGAGCAGAGCGAGCCGUGGCCGAAACGCCGAGCCAGACAAACGAGCAACCAGCAAGACUCCCUCUCAUGGCCUAAGUGCGUCCGAAGAGCUUCAAGCGAGAAUGGACGCCGCUGCGAAACGCAAAGGCAUCGCGGAUCUCCUUCCGCUCUUUGUCAAUCGAAUUCGGCUCUCGCGGUCGCAGCCUUCGUCGAUCAACUUGGGAGGUCAAGACGAGCAGCUGCAGCAGCAGAAGCGCUUGCUGCUCAUGCGAAAUCAUCCGACGCACUGGAAGAAGUGGGAACUCAUGAAAAUCUGGUCGCCAGUCUGGGUUGACGUGCAACCCGUUGACAACUCGACAUCCUGGAUCGUCGUGCGAGACGAAGAAGACAUGCAGAACAUCUUGACCAUCUACGAGAUGCUGCGCGAGCCAGAGUUCGAGCUGUUGAAUUACGACCAGUACCGGGCUCUACAGCAACAGCAACAGAGGUCGUAG